AUGAGCAGCGGAGCGGGCGUGAUGGGGCCCUGGCCGGACCUGGCCCCCCCACCUGAGGCUGUUCACCUUUUUCACAGAUAUGAGGAUCUUAAGGCUCAGCUCUUGCCUCUGGAAUCCCCCCCGCAACCGCAGACACCAGAAAAAGUCGCUCCCACUAACGAUGCUCUGCAUGCAGUAGAAGCAUUCGCACGCGAGCCUUCCGUCGCUGCUGCUGCAGCACUGCCACGCCAGGGUGCCUCAGGACUACUGCAACCCUUUUCCCAAACUUUCAGCAGAAGCAGAGAGGCUGAAACUAGUAAAUGUGCGCCUUUCGCGAGGGGCUCAUCACCUGCUGCCUCCCGUAAAAAUGGGGGCUCCAUGUGCUGGGCGGACAGGUCAAGAGGUGCUCUGGGACCGUGCUCGCCGGCUGCUGCACCUGGAGUUCUCUCUAAAGAGACUCAGGGGCUUGAUGCAGUCAUUGGCCUUCUAGAUACAGCGAAUAGCCACAUGGACGAGGCAACAGCUCCCCCCAGAUACACACAGAGCAGCACGCUUCCCACUGUCACCCGCUUUGGCAGCGAUGUGCUGACCGCGCAGAGGAGGACCCGCAGCAGCGACUCCAUGGGCUUUCCCCUUGUUAAGGGGAGAAACAGGAGAGCGGAAGCGGUGGCUAGCUGCGAGCAGCAGGCAGACAGUUCGCCUUGUCAAGGCACCCUUCCACCAGAAAUAGAGUCCUUGAUGAUGCGCCUGCAGCACCGCAGCUGCAACACCGGGACGGCAGCACCAUUCAGCUGGCGCAGGGCCCGGGAAAGAGCAAGAGCUGUUGCUGCUGCAGCACGCAGCAGCAGCAGCAGCAGCAAUUGCCUUGCGACAGAAGGCAACUGGAAGUUCGACGGUGAUAUGUUGGUGCCAGGGGACGCAGCAAAAACCAAAGUCCUGAGACAGGAGGCACUGAAGAGAGUGCGACAAAGGGCUAGAGAGGCGCGGGAGAGGCAGCAGCAACAGUUUCUGCAGCAGCAGGUAGAGCAGGAACAGCAGCAACAGCGCAGCCAAGCCCUCUGUAAGCAGUUAAGGCAGCGCACGCUGCAGCGGAUCAGAGAAAUUGCUCUCAAACAAGAAGAAGAGAAGCAACAGCAGGAGCUACUGCAGCAGCAAAUGCUGCGGCAAGCGGAAGCGCAGAGGCAGUACUGCGCGAGGCAUCGCAAGGCCCUUCAGCAGCGGCUGCUGCAGCAGCAGCAAGAGAUAAAGGACAAGAUAAGAAUGCAUGCGGAGGAGAGUAGCAUGCAGUGA